UCCUUAAAAGCGAAUAAACCGUGAAAACGUUUUGAAACCGUAACAGAGACAUUCACACACACAAGAACGUUACCUUUCUCCGCUUCUCUUUCCUCACAUUUACACUUCACCUUUAAAUUCACCAUUAUAUCUUCACAAUUUUUCAGAUCCCGUUAGAGAAACUUUGAAACUUUUGUUAGAGAUGUGUUGUGGGGGUAAAAUUUGCAUGCUAUGCACGUGCUUGGUUCUCGUUGUGAUCGUGAUUGGGUUUAUGUUUGGUUUCGGAGUUUUCAAACAUGGAUUUCAUAAGCUGAAAGACACCGUCAGUUAUUGUGAUUCUUGCGGUGGUGGAAGUGGUGGAAGGCCGUUCUUCGGUUAUGCACCGCCACCAUUGUUCUACUAGUUCAUUUUGUUUUAGGUAAUUUUUUUGGGGAUUUUUUUUUUUUUUUUUUUUUUUUUAUAAAUGUUGAUUUAGUAGAAUUGGUGUUUGUAAUUAUCCUUAUUGGGAAUUAUGUUUUUUUUUUUUAAUAAGUGAUUUUGUUUCAGUGAUUAUACUA